GACGCAUGUCCUGUCAGAUUUCUAAAAUUUUUGAGGAAGCUGUGGCAGCAGGAUGUUUGUGUAUUCUCCUCUCUAGUUACCGUGGUUAGCCUGUGAUAAUUAGCAAGAGAGAAAGAUCCAUGCUUGUUAACCACUAGCACUCUAUUUUAUUCAUUGUGUGGGUUAAGAUGGCACAGCUAGGAGGGCAAGAAGAACAGGAGAAAACUACAGCGCUUAAAGAUUUGUUAUCUAGGAUAGACCUGGAUGAACUGAUGAAGAAAGACGAACCCCCUUUUAACUUCCCUAAUAACUUAGAGGAAUUUGAGUAUGCUUUUAAUGAAAAGGGACAGUUGAGGCAUAUAAAAACUGGAGAGCCUUUUGUUUUCAAUUAUCGGGAGGACUUGCACAGAUGGAACCAAAAGCGUUAUGAAGCACUUGGAGAGAUCAUCACCAAGCAUGUCUAUGAAUUGCUGGAGAAAGAAUGCAACAUGAAAAAAGAAAUUCUCCCAGUGGAUGCUACAGAUGAUGAACCAAAAAGCUUCAUCUAUCUGACUGAAGAUGCCUUGAGCAACCCGGACAAGCUGCUGGUUCUGAUUCACGGCAGUGGAGUGGUCAGGGCUGGGCAGUGGGCUCGACGGCUGAUCAUCAAUGAGGACCUGGACAGCGGAACCCAGAUCCCCUUCAUCAAGAGGGCAAUGGAGGAGGGUUAUGGAGUGAUCGUGCUGAACCCCAACGAGAACUACAUUGAGGUGGAAAAAACAAAGAAGCAGACUGAGCCCUCCCCGGACAGCUGCGACGAACCUGCAGAAAAGAGGGAGCGCAAGGAUGAGAAGGAAACGAAGAAACACCGCGACUUCUAUGAAAAAUACAGGAACCCCCGACAGGAAAGAGAGACUGAACAGAUUCCCAUCCGGGAAAACAGUUCCCCUGAAGAACAUGCAGUCUAUGUGUGGGACAACUUUAUAUCCAAAUCAUCAGCGAAGAAUAUAUUUUUUGUUGCUCACAGUUAUGGUGGUCUUUCAUUCGUAGAACUGAUGAUUCAGCGAGAGGCUGAAGUGAAGAGCAAGGUGUGUGCUGUAGCUCUCACAGAUUCCGUCCAUAACAUCUGGCAUCAAGAAGCUGGCAAAUCAAUCUUAGAGUGGAUGCAAGAGCAUUGCUGUAACUGGGUGUCAAGUGCUGAGCCAUUGGAUACAGCAGUGGAGACCAUGUUACCAGACUGCACGCGUGUCUCUGCAGGUACAGAGCGGCACGAGUUAACGUCAUGGAAGAGUUUCCAUUCUAUUUUCAAGUACUUUACUGAGGCUUUCGAAGCUCAGAACUGUGAAGCCAAACCCACGACGACAGUAACCACAAGGAGCUCCAACAGAAUAAAGCAUGAAGAGUUUUAAAAGGGAAAAGAAAUCUCUCUCCUGUUGCCUUGUUUUGUGUGAGCAGGCCCCCAGCCCCUCAUUAGAUUGUUUUUCUCCCUAGAGCACAGGGUCAUGGUGUAUACAUCUAAAUAGCGUUUUGCAUUAUUUUUAGAUGACUGCAACUGUCAAAGCAAUAUGAGUUCACUGGUUGUGCUUCCUGUGGGCUGUAGCUUGCAUUUCGUGCUGCCCAUCAGUGUGCAGAUUAAGGUUGACAGCAGCACUGCACUGUGCAGUAUGGUGCACCUCUAAUUGCCCUGACAUAGCCCUGCACUAAGCUAAUGCCAGCUUCACACUUCCCUCCUGGUCUCAUUGCUUCUUGGCUUUUCCCUAUUGCUCUAAGAUAUAUUUAAUUUUAUUUUUGUUUCUAGCAAGUGGCAAACGGUGAUUUUAUCUUCGAUUUGAAAUGUCAUACUUUUUAAAUCCUCUUUUUCUUUUGUUUCAUCGUUUCUGUACAAUGCUGUUUGUAAAGACAUAAGUACAGGAACUGGAUUGCUGUGUGUAACAGUAGUGCAUUUUUGUUGCAUACAAGGGUUUUUAAAAGCAAAAAAAAAAAAAAAAAAAUAUGGCUCUCUUCUAUAUUUGCUGAAGUUAUUUGAUAUUGAACCUGGCAGGUUCUGAUAACUGUGUUCUGUGUUAAUUGUAUGUGUUUUUAAAAUUCAUUUUAUCUUCACAGUUGGUAAAAUGUUUUAAAAGGGAACUGACAUUCACAACUUUUAUAUAAGGGAAGGAAGAAAAAAUAUAUAAUACAAAUACCCCAGACAUACAUGCAGCUUUCUUUCGCAUCAUUGCUCACAAAGUAAAAGCUGGUUAUCAGUAUAUAAUGUAUUAAUUGCAUUUGUCUUCCGCGUUACGAAGCAUCUCAUCAACUGCCGUGUAUCGCAUUUAACAAAAAAGAAAUGCCCAAAUAUUGCAAUCGUUUCUGUAAUUGAGGAGAUCCAUACAGAGUAAGCCAUCGCUGUGUAGAAAGUGAACUAGAGAACGCCAGGCCUGAUCUUUGCAUGGUCAGUUUCAUGGGUCUAGCAGCCUACUGAAGAGUGCUUUACAAGUUAAGCCUGUUGUGUUAUAAACACAAGUUUAGAGCAAUUAACAGCAACAACGUAAUCCUCUCCCUGUGUACAGCUACGGCCAAGGGUUUGCAUCAUUCUAUAGAAUAAACUCAUUGUGCUUCAUCAAUUCAUGAAUUACAUACCCCAUUGUACUUUUCCAUAUACUAAUAAAAUUGAAAUGUGACAUUUUGAAAUCAAACAGGAAAUGCUGUACUACUAUUAUGGCUUCCAGUAGACUUUUGCAAUGUUAUUUAGUAGUUUCUUUGAUUGCAUGAUGUUAAAUAAAAGAUAAGUUCAUAUGAUUUAAUUUUCUUUCCUAAAAUCCUAGGUGAUGCAAAAUGUUUGGCUGUUGCUGUAUAUUGUAAAGGGAUAAUUUAAUGUUAGGAGAAAAAAAUAACCGUAUUGUACAGUAUUGUAACUAAAUACCAUCUUCCAUUAUUAACCAAUUAACGUGUCCUGUUUUGUGAUCUGGUGUAUUGACAAAAUUAUUAUUAUUAUUAUUAUUAUUAUUAUUAUUAUUAGUAGUAGUAGUAGUGCUAUUAUUUCUAAGGGUCUUCUAGCACAGCUGAUAAAGGCAUGAUUAUGAAUAGGUGAUUUCUCUGCUGAUUAUUUUCUUGCAAUCAUGUCAUUGUAAACACGACAUGCUCUUUUUUCUGCUGUAGGUUUAAAUUAUAACAUUCGCUAGACUAUAAGGUGAAACUAAUAAGAAGGCAGCAAGCUGUAGGAUUUUUGAAACCUAUAGAGAAUAUUUUGUGAGCUUGAGGAUUAUUCACACAAUGCUAAUAUACAGUACUGAAUAUGCAUGUCAAGUACUUUUUCCCUGUCCCAUGUAUAGUUUUCUCAGUGCAUCGUUUUACGUUUUGAACACUACCUUUUGCUUAAAGUGUGUCAAUAUUGUUGCCUUAUAAAUGAAUAGCAUGACCCUGUUAUAGCAGCCAACUGCCCAAAAGCCAUAGGUAGCUCUGCCAGUAAUGUAUUAAACAGAACAGCCUUAAACCAAAUUUAAAGCACAUUUAAUAUUUAAGAUGUAAAUUAUUGCUGAUUUUUAAGGAGGAACAUUAAAAAAAAAAAAAAAAAAAAAGUUUUCCAGCAGCCAGUAAAUAAAACUUGUAUUGAUAAUUGCUACAGUUUACAGCAGUGAUUUCUUACAUAUACAAGCAAAUAAAAACGCCACUAUUUUAAUACAGUGGUUUGUACUUUUUAUGCAAUGCUGGUGACAACUUAUACUGAACUCAUUUCUGCUUAACUUGGUUUGUAGACAUUACAAGUCAUAAACAUUCAGAUUUAUAAGUUGCAGAGUUACAAAAUAUCCAUAAACACUGCCUGGAGUUUGGUAUUUUUUUUUUUUUUUUUUUUUUUU